UCCAGUCUGACCGCCCGGUUUUUCGGGGAGAAGUUGGCAGAGGGAUGUUCGGGCGAUGAUGGCGCUGCAGCUCAGGAGCGGGGAUGCUGCAUACUACCAGAGCGCAGAAUACUGCAGAAACUACACUUCACAGCCUGUCAGCUACAGUGACAGCAGCCAUUAUCCUGCACGAUUGCCAGGUCCAGACGCCAUGUUGAAGCCUCCUCUGAGUUUUUUCAGUCAUCCUCAACAGCCCUUCCAUUACAUGGACUCCCUGCACCAUUUAGGACCUCCACCUAUGGCACCUACACAACCCCUUGGCCCACCACCCAUUGCCCCUACUCAACCAAUUGGACCCCCAACACUGGCUCCUUCUCAGAGUUUAGGGCCCCCACAAAUACCUACUGCUCACACACUAAGGCCUCCAUCCAUUACUCCGCCACACACCUUAGCUCCACCAAUGCCCCAAGCCCAGCAGCUGGGCCCUCCACCGAUGGCACACACUCUAGUCCCUCCAACUGUAGAUCCCACACAACCCCUUGUACCUCCAACUAUGGACCUCACCCAAACUUUAGGACAUCCACAUCUCACCCCAGCUCAAGCACUGAUCCCUCCACCUGUAGUUGCACCAGCACCCAGCCGCUUUCCGCUCCCUCCCAGCUCCCUGUCCUCACCCCCUGCUCCAGACCCCGAUCCGUCACAAAGGACUCAAAGGCCACCAGGACUAGUUCCCAAUCAAGCACCAGUAUCCAACUACCUAUGUGGACCUCUACCGGGCCAAGCAGCUCCUGCCAGUGAACCGCCCAAGGAUGAGGGCUCCUCUCUGGGGAUGGAGGAGCAGGAGGAUUCUCUAGGCCUGGAAGAACUGUGCAAACCACUUUACUGUAAACUCUGCAACGUUACACUCAACUCUCCUCAGCAGGCACAAGCUCACUACCAGGGAAAGAACCACGGCAAAAAGUUGAGAAAUUUCUACGCUGGCAGUCAGCAGCCACCUGCCAUCAGGAUACCAGAAGCCCCAGAGGGAGCCGGUCAGAGCCUCGGUUCUGGAGCCAGUGAUGGUGAUGGAGGCAGACAGGCGCUGUAUAAAGGGGCGCCCCGGGUCAUCCUGGCAACAGAAAACGACUAUUGUAAACUAUGUGACGCCUCCUUCAGCUCCCUGGCAGUCGCACAGGCCCACUACCAGGGAAAAAACCAUGCCAAGAAGCUACGACUGGCUGAGGCCCAGCAGAACUGCAAUAACAUGGAUGGCAGCAAUGAAGUAGCCCAGAGAAAAAAUCGGAAAGAUGGCAGUGAGUACCGACUGGUGAAAAACCGCCGCAGCCCACAGUUACCUGCCGCCAUGCCAGGGCCGUACUAUAACCCGAGACCAAGGCAGCGCAUCCCCAGGGAUUUGGCCAUGUGCGUGACUCCCAGUGGGCAGUUCUACUGCUCAAUGUGCAACUGUGGUGCCGAGCAGGAAACAGACUUCAGGCAGCAUCUGGAGAGCAAGCAGCACAAAGCCAAAGUGUCCGAGCUGAGAUACCGCCAUGAGAUGGAGAACCUCGGGUACAGCUAAGACAGUCGAGAACUGGAGUAAAGAUCUUCUGUAUGGCAGAUCACCUCGCAUAUGAUUCAAACAUCAAAUCUAGAAAAGAUCAUUUGAAAAACUGCAUCUCAAAUAGUUGAUCAAGUUGUUAUGACAUACAAGGUUAGCAGUAAAUAGCUAAAUCAGUGUUUUCUUGAAUUUAGGAUGUUUUUGUCUCUUAACAAGAGAGUCCAGUUCAAAAAAAAACCUUUUAUCUAGGAAGCGUUGGAGCAUCUCAGUAAAUUUAAAUAUCAUCAAAACUGUAAACUAUUUUAAUCUGUUUAAUUUAAACAGUAGAACUCAGACAUUCGAUCGAUUGAUAACACACAGAGAAGCUCAGGGUGAUUCAUUUCGUCUGAUUGAGGACUGGGGUUUCUCAUCCUUGUCCCAACAAUAUUGUAGAUUCUCUAUGAGGUUUGGAUCAGGCCAAUUUGUCUGUUAGUCAAGCACCCUGAUACAAUGGUCAUUAGAGCAAAUGUUGGUACUUUUGGCACUGUGGUACGGAGUCCAAUUGAAAGAUGAAACCAUCGUCGCCAUAAAGCUUUUUGAACAGAGAGAGGCAUAUCUUUUAAGAGUUUCCUAGUAGCUUCUGCUUUGGCUUUGGACUUAAAGGCACAGCGCAGACUUUGUGACCUAAAGAGUUGACGCAUAUGAGUUAUUUUUAAAUGGUUCCUCAGGCCAAUAUACAGUACUUGACACUAUCAAUGCUAUGAGCGGGGCUUCCCUCUUGAAAUACCGCCUAUGUACGUUGGGAGAAGAUGCACUGUCGUUGGCCAGGUCAUGUGACCUGGAAGAACGUAUCGCUUUACAGCCACAGGCUCUUAAAUCAUCAUGAAGCUAAGGUUUUUGCUAUAUUAUUUUUCUGCCUGCUUGACUACCUGUCAUAGAUGAGGCAAGGAAAAAGUUUAAACUUUCCGUGGAGGCUAAAAAGAGAAAACGUGAAAGGGAUCGUGCAAGAGGAAAAACAAGAGACUGAAAGAAGUUGGAGAUAAAACUGAUUCUCUUUUCUCAACUUUAAUAUUAGACUGGUAAGUUACUUUACUCCUAGUAUACAGUCAUCUUUAUUUUUUUCGAUGUUUAGUAGAAGCAAAAUACAGGCAGUUACAGGUCUAGUGCCCCUAGUGGCCAAAAGUUACACAGUGGCCUUUCAUUAAACCCAUUGAAGAAACACCAGCAUUUCUCUAGAUCAUCAAUGACUGUUAAAAUGUCACUCAUUAGUAAAAUCAGGUUUGAUCCUUUUUAUCUUCAUUAUUCUCCAGAGUAUACAAGCUUGAUUUCCAAAUCAGAUACUAAUCUUAAUUUUGUUUG